AUGGCACAUAGACUUGGCGGACGUAGAAAGAACGUGAAGAAAGGAUUCCAAUUCACCUUGAUGGUUGUCGGUGCUUCUGGUACGGGCCGCACCACUUUUGUCAACACUCUUUGCAGCUCCAGCGUUCUGGCAAAGAAGGUCUGUGACAACCCUGAGGAGGCCCAUAAUGAAGAGGGUAUCACAAUCAAGCCUGUCUCUGUUGAAUUGGACGAAGACGGUGUCAGAAUUUCAUUGACCAUCGUCGACACGCCUGGCUUCGGUGACAACAUUGACAAUGAGCGAUGCUUCCAAGAGAUCGUCGGUUAUUUGGAAAGACAGUACGACGACAUUCUUGCAGAAGAGUCGCGAAUCAAACGUAACCCACGCUUCCGUGACAAUCGUGUCCACGCUCUUUUGUACUUUAUCUCGCCUACCGGCCACGCUCUUCGUGAAAUCGACAUUGAGCUGAUGCGCCGUCUGAGCCCUCGUGUCAACGUCAUCCCCGUCGUCGGUCGAGCUGACUCGCUCACGCCUCAGGAAAUGAAGGACUUUAAGAGAAGAAUCAUGGAGGAUAUCGAGCACUACAACAUCCCCAUCUACAACUUCCCUUACGACGUUGAGGAAGACGACGAAGACACCAUUGAAGAAAACAGCGAGUUGCGAGCACUCUUGCCUUUCGCCAUCAUUGGCAGUGACGAAGAGAUUGUCGUGAAUGGCCGUACUGUUCGUGGUCGUCAUUACCCAUGGGGUGCUGUAGAAGUGGAUAAUCCACAGCACUCUGAUUUUGCACGACUGAGAUCGGCCUUGUUGAGCUCCCACUUGCAGGACCUCAAGGAAAUCACUCACGACUUUUUGUACGAGAACUAUCGUACCGAGAAGCUUAGCCGCACAGUCAAUGGUGGUGAUGCCGAGGAUGCCUCGCUCAAUGCUGAGGAUAUGGCAAGUCAGAGUGUGCGACUAAAGGAAGAACAGCUGAAGAAGGAAGAGGAAAAGCUCCGCGAGAUUGAACUCAAGGUCCAGCGCGAGAUCCAGGAAAAGAGAGCCGAGCUCUUGAGCAAAGAAGAAGCGCUGCGCAACCUGGAGGCGAGAUUGGCACAGGCACAGAUUUCCGAUGCUUAG